GCGUGUGUGUAUGGAUGGAUGGAUGGCCCUCAGUGUGUGGAAGUCAGCCGGCUAAGCUAACUAGCGGGCUAGUUGUCAAAACUGUGUGACUGCCAAGGCAUUUGUUGUAGAAAAGAAACUAUCGUGACAAAAUUAACACUUGUCCCUUUUUGCCAUGUUUUUUUACCUUCCAGGGGUUGCAGGAGGAAAUGAUUUUCAGUGGUGUUUCUCUCAAGUGAAAGGAGCGAUAGAUGAGGAUGUUGCGGAAGCCGACAUAAUCUCCACGGUUGAAUUCAACUAUUCCGGAGAGCUGCUCGCCACGGGAGACAAGGGCGGCAGAGUAGUCAUAUUUCAACACGAGCAGGAGUCUAAAAAUCGUCCGCACCUGCGCGGCGAGUACAACGUUUAUAGCACUUUUCAGAGUCACGAGCCUGAAUUUGACUACUUGAAAAGUUUAGAAAUUGAGGAGAAAAUCAAUAAAAUUAGGUGGCUACCCCAGCAGAAUGCGGCCCACUUUCUACUUUCGACAAACGAUAAAACUAUCAAAUUGUGGAAAAUAAGCGAACGAGACAAACGGGCGGAAGGAUACAACCUGAAAUAUGAAGACGGUCGACUCAUAGACCCCUUUAGAAUCACCUCUCUACGGGUACCGGUGCUAAUGCCGAUGGAUCUCAUGGUAGAAGCCAGCCCGCGGAGGAUCUUUGCAAAUGCGCACACCUAUCACAUUAAUUCCAUUUCUGUAAAUAGUGACCAUGAAACAUACCUCUCUGCAGAUGACCUAAGAAUAAAUUUAUGGCACUUGGAAAUCACAGACAGAAGUUUUAAUAUUGUAGACAUCAAGCCCGCCAACAUGGAGGAGCUGACGGAAGUCAUCACGGCGGCCGAAUGCCACCCCCACCAGUGCAAUGUAUUCGUGUACAGCAGUAGCAAAGGCACCAUCCGUCUGUGCGACAUGCGAGCAGCGGCGCUCUGCGACCGGCACACCAAGUUUUUCGAGGAGCCCGAGGACCCGAGCAGCCGCUCUUUCUUCUCCGAGAUCAUCUCGUCCAUCUCAGACGUGAAGUUCAGUCACAGCGGGCGCUACAUGAUGACACGUGACUACCUCUCUGUCAAAGUUUGGGACCUCAACAUGGAAAACCGGCCAGUGGAAACCUAUCAGGUCCACGAAUACCUUCGCAGCAAACUGUGCUCUCUGUAUGAAAACGACUGCAUCUUUGACAAGUUUGAGUGCUGCUGGAAUGGCACCGACAGCGCCAUCAUGACGGGCUCGUACAACAACUUCUUCCGAAUGUUUGACCGCAACACGAGGCGGGACGUGACGCUGGAGGCGUCACGGGAGAGCAGCAAGCCGCGGGCCACGCUGAAGCCGCGCAAGGUGUCCACGGGCGGCAAGAGGAAGAAGGACGAGAUCAGCGUGGACAGCCUGGACUUCAACAAGAAGAUCCUGCACACGGCCUGGCACCCCAAAGAGAACGUCAUCGCCGUGGCCGCCACCAACAACUUGUACAUUUUCCAGGACAAGAUCAACUAAGGCCACGGAGAGGGCUCGCGGCAUACCUGUUGUAGUUCAGCCUACUGCGUGUCUAUCUCUAUAAGAACAAAAAUGAAAAAAAAAACGGCCUCGUCGUCCUCCUGGUGAAGAAUUUUUGAAACCACGCGUCUACUUUUUUGGGAGGCUGACCCCCGUAGGUCUGUUUUAUUUUGAGUCUACGCUUUCGGUUGUUUUUGCCUCUUGGCAUCAGGGCAAUCGCCACAGCGCCCCGCUCCCCCUACCACCCCCCACCCGCCCUGCCAUCUCCCCUCACCCUUCCCCCCCCCCCCCCCCAAUGACCCAGAAAGCACUAUCUGGGUCCAGUUGACUGAAUGGGCGCUCUCCCCAGAGGUCAAACUCUUGAACCUUCGGUGUUUGUGUCGACAUUUUUAGCCUCCGCUUCGCCAUUUUUUUUUUUUUUUUUUUUUAAAGGCUCGGAAGCCUCCCCCGUCCCCCCAUCGAGAAAGCGACGUACCAACCGUUUGAAAGCUUCCCGGGCCCCGAAGAGCGGAUUUAACGGCCGGGCCGGGCAGGGGUCGUGGGGGGGGGGGGGGCAAACUGAUAACAUUCCCUCCCUCCCGUCGGCUGCGCAUCUGCUGGCGGAGAUGCGCUGUGAAUCUGGAGAGCGGACUUUUUUUUCUUUUUCUUCCCUCCCUUCAUACUUACUUCCUCUUCCCCCCCACCCCGACCCAUCAAUACAGUGACCCGAUUUCACUGACUGUAUCUACUCGAGUACACCUUGUCAUCCACAUAAUAAAAAGAAACUAAAACGA